UAUUGUUCAGGGGGCGCAGUGUCUCCAAAACCUUUUGAUGGUUUGACAGGGAACAUUUGUCCCAUCGGGCACUACUGCCUCAUGGGUUCAACUUCCCCUACACCGUGCCCCGAUGGGACCUUCACAAACACAACAGGUGCAGAAGCCUGUAGAGAUUGCCCCCCCGGGAGCUACUGUCUAUCAGGGGAGGCCAUACAACCUUGCCCUUUGGGUCACUAUUGUCUCGAGGGGGGCGUCGAAGGCAUCCUGCCUUGCCCUCCUGGUACAUACAACCCUCAUUUGGGCUUCAGCCAAGUAGAACAGUGCCUCAUUUGUCCAGCAGGCUUCUACUGUGACGACUGGGGUCUUUCUGAGCCCACCGGACCCUGCCAGGCUGGUUACUACUGCAUAGCAGGUAGGCGAUUCUCAAAUUUGGCAAUAUACUGAUGAACCGGAUUACAAAUAAAAACUUUUUACAGGUGUAAACUUCCCAAAUCCAGAUGUAAAUUACAGUACUGGAGUUGGAGGAGCAUGUCCAAAGGGGACAUAUUGUCCUGAGGGGACCAGUCUUCCGUUCCCAUGUCCCCUUGGAACCUACUCAGAUAGGUCAGGGAGAACUAAUACAACACAUUUUUUAAAAUCUAAACAUUUUGACAUUUCUUUGUGCUUUUAGUCUUUACGUGACAGAUAUCACCGGAUGCAGCCCGUGUCCGGCAGGCCGAUUCUGUGCAACCGAAGGUCUGAGUCGACCGUCGGGAAAAUGUCAGACAGGUUUUUACUGUCCAGGUGGAGACUCAGCAGCAACAGGUAACAAAUAAAAUAUGAAAUUCUUUCUUUCCUUUCCUAUAGACCUCCACCAAUGCCAAAUGCAGGAAAUAUGAAUGCAUGACGGUAU